ACUUGGGUUUCGCCAGAAUAUUCCCUUCAAUUCCUUUCUUCUAAACAUUUGACUAUCUUUCGAUAGUUCAGAACAAAAACGUAAAUUUUUCUUUCUUAUCUUGCAGAAAAAUCAACAUGCUUAUUUGCUUUUUAGUUCACUCCAAGUGUACAUCUUUUCUUUUCUUUUCUUUCUUUCUUUUUUCUUUUUUCUUUUUUGGACAUCAAAUAGUACCCGCCUAAUAAUUUCUUCGGCUGUGCCCAUUACAGCUUACUGGUUUCCUCAAAUUUUAUUGGACUGAUGCAAGACAUGAAAUUUCGAUUGUGAUUAUUUCUUGGUUUUUGUGAAAUUCGGCUAGCAAAUAUAUUAUAUUUGAGAAGAAAAAAAAAGCCCAUUCCCAGAUUUUGUUGAUAUUAUUACUGAAAGUCCCGUUUUAUAGUUUGAUUUGAUUUUAAGGUAAAAAAGAGGCAAUAAUGCAAUUGAAUACCGUAGCUAGUAAUGCUGGUGAGGUUGAGCAAAUCUCACCAGACCUGUUGAAGAAUACAGAUUCAAACAUAAGGAGGUUGGCUGAUGAGAUUCAGCAGUCAGAGGGCAGACAGAAGUAUCUUGCUCAAACCAGGAGUCCGUCAGAUGGUGGUGAUGUUCGGUGGUACUUCAGCAAAAUUCCUUUGGGAGUAAAUGAGUUAGCUGCUUCAGUCCCUCAAACAGAAAUUGUGGGAAAAAGUGAUUAUUUUCGAUUUGGCAUGAGAGAUUCUCUUGCGGUAGAGGCAACUUUCUUGCAGAGAGAGGAAGAGUUACUUUCUAGUUGGUGGAAAGAGUUUGCAGAGUGCAGUGUAGGUCCAAGAGGGCAGCUCAGCAUCGAUACAAAAUCAGGACUACAGACUAGAAACUCAUCUCCUGAGAGUGCUUCAUCGGGUGAAUUAUAUGAAACUGAAAAAGAGAGAGUCGGUGUCCCUGUAAAGGGUGGGUUGUAUGAGGUAGAUUUAGUAAAGAGACAUUGUUUUCCUGUUUAUUGGAAUGGAGAGAAUCGGCGUGUACUCCGAGGUCAUUGGUUUGCUCGUAAAGGUGGUCUUGAUUGCCUCCCACUACGCGAGGAUGUUGCAGAACAAUUGGAGUAUGCAUAUCGCAGCCAGGUUUGGCAUCGAAGAUCCUUUCAACCAUCAGGACUCUUCGCAGCUCGAGUUGAUUUACAAGGCUCAACCACAGGACUGCAUGCUCUUUUUACUGGUGAAGAUGAUACAUGGGAAGCAUGGCUUGGUGUGGAUGCUUCUGGCUUUUUAAAUGUUGUAGGUUUUGGAAGGAAUGGCAUCAAGUUAAGACGUGGAUAUGCUGCAUCUCAAUCCCCAAAACCAACAAAGUGUCUUUCUAUUUAUCAGGAAGAAUUACGUCAGCAGAAAGAGGAAGAAAUGGAUGAUUAUUGUUCACAGGUUCCUGUACGGCAUUUAGUAUUCAUGGUUCAUGGUAUUGGUCAAAGAUUGGCGAAUUCUAAUUUGGUGGAUGAUGUUGCAAAUUUUCGCCAUGUAACAGCAAGUCUUGCUGAACGACACCUUACUUUGCACCAGCUUGGCACCCAAAGAGUUCUCUUCAUUCCAUGUCAGUGGAGGAAGGGUUUGAUGCUUAGCGGUGAAGCUGCAGUUGAAAAAAUCACUUUAGAUGGUGUCCGAGGGCUGCGUACUACAUUGAGUGCAACGGUUCAUGAUAUCUUAUACUAUAUGAGCCCCAUAUAUUGCCAGGACAUCAUUGACUCGGUGUCCAACCAACUUAAUAGAUUAUAUUUGAAGUUUCUUAAGAGGAAUCCUGGUUAUGAAGGAAAGGUUUCCUUGUUUGGACACUCUCUAGGAAGUGUUCUAUCUUAUGAUAUACUUUGUCAUCAAGAGACUUUGUCUUCCCCUUUCCCGAUGGAGUGGAUGUACAAAACUCACAGUAGAAGUGAGACGUCUUAUCUUCACAGCAAUGAGUUGACAUCUAUCUUAAAUUUGGGAGACGAGAACUCUGUAGAUAUUAAAUGUAAAAGCAUGUUAGGUCCUGAAGAGAAAGAGAACACACAGGGAGAGGCACAGUAUCAGGACUUUGUGGAAGAACCUCGGGAGGGAUCUUAUGAUCCAGUGAUUUCUCCAGCAUCAUCAGAGUCAGAUGAAUUGACUACAACAGAUGGUGGUCCCCAGCAGACAAAUGAUGCCUCAUCAUCAGAUAAAAAUGUAGAUGAACCUUCUGUUGAUUGGAAACCCAUUGCAUCCUAUAAAUGUGAAAUGAUGAAUGACCCAAAUAGCAUUAAGAGUUCACUAUACAAUAAAAAUGAUGACGCGCCAUUCGACAGUAACAACGCUGAAACGAUCAAAUCAUUGAGGGAAGAGAUUGUUUUGCUGAAAGCCAAAGUCAAAGAAUUUGAAUCUGGAUGUGCCAACAGUGGGGAGAAGACAACUGGAGUAAAUCAACCUGAUCCAGAGAGGGUUCUACCUAAGCCAAGUGAUUCCUUGAAGACCAAUACCCUUCAAAUAAGAUACACAAAAUUAGAAUUCAAGGUUGACACAUUCUUUGCUGUUGGAUCUCCUCUUGGAGUGUUUCUCGCUCUUCGCAAUGUUCGUAUUGGGAUAGGGAAAGCAAAAGAAUAUUGGGAAGCAGAAAAUAUAAAUGAAGAGAUGCCAACAUGUCAACAAAUGUUUAACAUCUUUCAUCCUUUUGAUCCUGUGGCAUAUAGAAUAGAGCCUCUUAUCUGUAAAGAAUUUAUAGACCAACGUCCGAUCAUUAUUCCUUAUCACAGAGGUGGGAAACGGCUGUAUAUAGGAUUUCAGGAAUUUAAGGAAGGGUUAUCUUCAGGCUCUCAGGCUUUGAUGAAUCACUUAAACACAGCAAGGGUAAAAGUUCUCACAUUCUGUGAAUCAGGAGGCAAAAAUGACUGUGAUGAGGAACUAGAAAAUCCCAAAGAAGAGAGAUCAUAUGGCUCAAUUAUGAUGGAGAGACUGACUGGAAGUGAAGAUGGGCGAAUUGAUCACAUUUUACAAGAUAAGACUUUUCGCCAUCCGUACUUAUCAGUCCUUUCAUCACAUACAAACUACUGGAGAGAUCACGAUACCGCUCUUUUUAUAUUAAAACACUUGUAUCGAGAUAUACCGGAGGAACCCCUCUCACCAAGUGAGCAUCUAGAAGGCAGCUCAAGAGAUGGAAACAAUUUUGAAGGCUGGUCCAAUCCGAGGGAAUUGGCCGAUGAUGAACUCCCUUUGACAUUUGCUGACAGCAUCUUUAUAAAAAGAAUCUCCAGCAGGUUGAAGAAAUCCAUGAAACACUGAAUGAGAUGGCCUGUUUAGACGGGUCGGGUCUUUAUAGUUACUUAAUAGAUGAAGUAUUUGAGCAGCUAGCUAGGGUAAAUUGUUUUGUACAUAGAAAGCAAACUGGAAUUGUAUUUGUUUGGAUAUAGGUACAAAGAGGAGCAUAGGUAGCAUGAAAGCCUUUUCUGUUUUUUUCUCCCCUUGAAAUAUGUAAUGACUAUUUUGAUAUUCGUCUUUUAAUUAAUGCUCAUGGAUCAUUCGCAAUUCAA